AUGCGUCCAAGAAGGAGCCAUCCAACUGUUGUCCAGGAUCUGUUCUCAGAUCUUCGAGAUGGGACUCGACUGCUUGACCUACUGGAGGUGAUGAGUGGCCAGCGCAUGAAGCGUGAGCGGGGUCAUGGUGUGUUUCAGCAGAGAGGCAACGUCGAGACCGCUUUGAACUUCUUGAAGAAUAAAUCAAUCAAGCUGGUGAACAUAAACAUCCCAAACAUCAUAGAGGGGAAACCUUCCAUCAUUCUGGGCCUGAUAUGGACCAUCAUUCUGCACUGUCAUGUGAACAUUGAUGUCAGUAACCCUGAUGAGAAGUCUAUCAUGACAUACAUUGCUCAGUUCCUGCAGUACUCCAAUGAUCUGCCUGUAGCUGAUGACGAUUUUGAGGCUUCACCCAGUCAGAAAGCCAGAGAGAUGAAAUGCUGGCUAGAGCGAGCCUAUCAGGAGUUACUGGAGGCGUGGAAUUCCACAGAGGGGAAGGGAUAUACAGAGAGGUAUCAGGCAUUUCAGAACUUUGUGGGGACUUAUUAUGACCAACGACGUCCAGUUAUUCCACUUCUCAGUGCAAUGAGACGCUGCGCUAAACCAAGUGAGGAGCAGAUGGCACUGAGAAAAGCAUGGGACACCAUGGAGGAGAGGGGCAGUGUUGACAAGCAAGGUCUGGUGUGGAUGUUGAAGGAAGCACUUAAUAAGCUGAAGGACACAGCAGUCAGCUAUACCAACAAAGCAGCUCUGGCAGACGACUCGCCUGUGAUUAACAGGUCGGUAAAAGAGGCAGAUAGUGAGACGGGAGUCAGUACAGAAGCUGCAGAAGCAGUAAGAUCCACCAUGGAUCGUGUUCUGGCUGCAUGGGAGUCCUACAAAGACUGCCUGUAUCUAUUACAGGUCUGGCUGGGGCAGGAGAAAAAAUCAGAGGCUCAAGAGCACAAGCAUUUUUCCUCCAGUCUGAAUGAGUGGAGAUCACGUCAAGCCCAGCUGAAUGAGGUGGGAAACUUUCUCAUUGAGAUGAGUGACGCCUCCACCAGCCACUCUCUGACUGAAGAGCUCCGCAAAUUGAACAUGCAGUGGGCUGACUUUAUAAAAAGGACAAAGUUUGCAGUGGCCCCUCAGCCCAUCUCUGCAGUCCCAGGUGUCCAAGCUUCCCUGAUGAGGGAAGCCAGCUGGGUGCUUAGAGAGACAGUUGAGGUGUUAUCUGGACCUCUACGUAUUUACAGAAAGAAACUCCAGGGCAUAACUAAGAAGAUGUCUGAGUUCAAUCUGAACUCUUUGUCUCCAUCUCCAGACUACAAAGAGGAAACUCUUCAGAAAUUCAGACAAACUAUUCCGGAGACACUUGAGAUUUUGACCCGGGUGGAUCAGAUGUGCGAGAGACUCCAGAAAGCCGCAUCUCUGCUCGAGGGCAGGCUGGCUGAGCUUGAAACCUGGAGCACGGAAGCCCAAGAGGUCUGCCACCACCUAAAAGAUAGGCAGCAUAGGGACCACUGGGGGCCACAUUCCAGGGCUAAAGCACUGAUCACCAGAGGUCUACAGUUGGAAGGACAGGUUGUGACAGAAGGUGAGGACCUGCAGGUGCUUGUGACAUCUGUGCAAAAUAACUCCUCCCUUCCUUACCUCAGCACAUCGGCAAUACAAGACCGACUGAAACAGACGGUCUCACACUGUCAGGAGGUUAUUGAGAUGCUCAGUUCUCAUGGAGUGAAGCGUGAAGGACAGCCUGUAGGUGCACAGCCUGCUUCCGAGGUUUUUGUGCAGGCCCAUUCUCAGCCUGAAUCCCAAACUAGAGUCAUUCAACACCAUCAGGAUCAGACGUUCUUCCAAAGCAGCAAACUUUCUCUAGAGAUCCCAGCAGAACCUCAAAACCAAGAACUCCAUUCUUCUCAGCUGCAGUCACUAUUGGAAACCACCAGUGGCAUACAGCCCCAGUUUCUCCCCCAGGUUCAUGAAAAAUCUCCAAAAGCCCAAAGCAAAACUAUAUGCCAAGUACAGCAUGCAGAGCUCAAACAGCCUUUGCUGUCAUCUGUUGUUAGCAGGAAGGCUCAGUUGAAACCCCAAACUGACGUUCAACUGAUCUCUGUAGACUCCAACCUAACCAAUCGCUUUGGACUAUCAGACCUUCAAGCUGCCUCAGUAAAUUCAAGGCAAAACAGUGGCUUUGGACAUUUACAGGUUAUCUCUGUAGACCCAAACCAAUCCAGUGACUUUGGACCAUCAGAGCAACAGGUUCUUUCUGCCAACUCAAGCGGUUUUACACCAUUAGACUCUCUCCAAGUUAUAUCUGUAGACUCAGGCGAAACCAGGGGCUUUGGACCAUCAGAGCUUCAGGUUAUCUCUGUAGACUCAAGCCAGAGCAGUGGCAUUGAACAUUCAAACCCUCUACAGUCUUUCUCUUCAACUGCGUCUAGCACAAGCAUGUUGCUUACAUCGGUUACCAUGACUCAACUAAGAAUGCCAAGCGAGCAGCAUCUUGAUUCACCACCAAAUUGGCAACCACAAACCUCCUUGGUGACCCCACACCAAAGACAAAAGGUUCUGGCCAAAAGUCACAGUUUUCCAAAACCUCAUGAGCCAUCACAAACUCUGCCUGUUACCUCACUUGCAUCCAGCCCAAGCACUUUGCAUACACUGGUAACAGUGAGUCAACAAAGAACGCCUAUCGAACAGAACCUUGGUUCACCACCGAAAAGGCAACCUCAGACCUCUGUGACAACCCAACACCAAAGACAAAGGGUUCUAUCCAAAAGUCACAGCUUUCCACAGCCAUCAGAGGCUCCAGGUGUUCCCCAUGUCCCAGUACAGAAUGAGGUGUAUGCCAGAGCUCAGGCUUUGGCCAGGAGCAGACUGGAUAAAGCAAAACAGCACCUGCAUGAACACAUACAGGAUGUCAUCACAGUGAUCAGCACCAGAGACCGAUCUAAAAAACAAGCCAAGAAAAAACAAGCAGUGUCACGUCUUCUCAGGCCUUCAGUGUUAGAGGCAUUUCUAGAAGCUGUGAAGGGAAUGGGUGAUUUCUGCUCCGAUGCCCAGCUCAGAGACAUGGACCUCCUCUCUCAGUCAGUCAGAGCCCAAUGGGAGGUAUGUGCCACAGCAGCUGAGCGUUCGGUGCAUCUGGAAGCCUUGAGAAAAAUUGCAGAGAGUCUGCAGCCCACAGAGAGUGUUCUUCUCCGCACCACCCAUCUGAGAACAGACACGGAGAGGGUGGAGAACAUUCAACGCCACACAGACUCCACAAGUGACUUGGCACCAUGCCAGGAUGGCAGGGGGGGAGCAGUUAAGGAUUGUGUCCUGCUGAGAAAGACUGUACUGGUGGAUGAUCUGAGCCGCGUCCACUCACAGGCUGUUGUCCAGACCAACAUCGUGGAGAGAAAACAGAUACCAGAGAGGACCGUCAUCCAUCCCUGUUCGGCACAGGAAACUCAGAGCAGCUACAGUGCUGCACAGUCAGUCCUCCAGCAGCAACUGUUUAACAACAGUCAGCAGCUGGAAUCAGAGUUUCCCAUCAGCAAUGCCAGUAUCUCUGCUGACUCACUGAGGACUCAACUCCAGAACAUACUGGCUCUUAAGGACCGGACGGAGGCUCUGUGGCGUGAGUUUGAGCUUCAGUGUUCCCAGAGCUCUCAGCACAUGGAAGAUGGCUGUAACAUGGAGCAGGAGAGAACUCAGCUCAUUCAACAGUGGAGGGAGCAACAGAUGUGCAUUCAGGCCAGGGUGAAGUCCCUUGAAACUGCGUUGGAGCUGCUGCAGUCAGCGGACAUUCAGAUUGGACUGAUUUCUGAUCAGAUCAAACAGAUCAGUCAGAAACCUCUCAAUAUCAGAAACGUUGCCAUUGCUGAUCCCAAAAAUCUACAUGAAGAACUAAAGCGUCUAGAUAAAAGUAUCGAGAGAGAGCUGUUUCUGCUUAAUAAGAGUGGCGGUUCAGUUAGUGACGCUGCUGAUCUGAGUCACAUUGAGCUCCAAGCUCAUCUUCCCCUUCAGCAAGCUCUCCACGACCUCACAAAAUGCUUGGACCAGCAAAGACAACGUCUGAGAAAGAGUGAAUUGGCCCUGAUGGGCCUCGUGAACCUCUUAUCACAUCUUCAGCAGGUGAAUGCAGACCUCAAAGCAGCUCACAGCACAUCAAAUCGCAGUUUAGUCUCCAUCCGGCAAAGCCUUCAGCAGGCCAGAGAAGAAUCGGUUCAGCUAGACCGAAUGCUGGAUGAUGCUGGCAUGAGAAUAACUCUGGAUGACAAACCAGGCAGCUGUCAAGAGAUGGUGUCAGCUCUGGCACUGCGUGCCGAAGAGGUCGAGACCAGACUGGCUGUAGGGCUGAAGCAAACUGACAGAGGAGGGAAAGGAAGAGCAGAGGGAGAACCGAGAGACCGAGUGUUCGGUAGGAAUAGGAUGGGCCUGCAGGUCGCCCUGAGGGAGGUGCUGACGGCACUCGAAAAACAUGGCCUGAAGGAGCCCACAGUUCCUGCACUACAGCACAGGUUACGCUUCUUGACAGACAUGGAGAGCAAACUGUUUGCACUACGCUCAGAGAUUCAGGAUCUGAGAAAUACUUGUGCACAGACAAGCACCUCAGAGACAGCCAUCAGUGAGCUGCAGACGCAAUGGGAAAACGCACAGAGAGCAGUCAAAGAGAGUCGUGAACAGUGUGUCUGUCUGAGCGAACUACUGAAGAAGUUCCAGAGCUGCCGAAAUCGCUUGGGCAGCACUUUGCAGAAAGCAGAGCAGACUAUUGGUGAUCAGGCCUCCUAUAUGGGCAAAGACAACCUGCAGCUCCUGAUCCGUAAGGUGACCAGUAUAAAGUCAGAUCUCAGUGGUCUUGGGGACGGGGUGGAGGAGUUCAGAGCAGUGUGUCGACAGCUGCAGUCUCUGAUGAGAAGGAUCCCAGACUGUGCAGACGCUCCAUUUGAGAGUGAGGCUGACACCCUCAUGGACCGCUGGCUUGAUGUCACCGAGAAGGCAGACUGUCAUCUGGACAACCUUCAAGCUGGCUUUUCAUUUUGGGAAAAACUCCUACUGUUGGCUGGAGAGGUGGACGGCUGGAGCGCCCAAAAGCUGAUGACACUUGCUGAGUCACACCCCUUUCAGACAGAGCAGGAUGUGUCUGCCAUGCAGGAUGAGCUCAAGAUUGAAGAGGAGAACAUUGAACAUUUCCAUCGCAGAUCUUCAGAGAUCCAGGAGCUGCUGCAGAGUCGUGAGUUCCCACUGGAGCUACAGGUGAUUGAGAGCCAGCUGAGGAAGAAGAUGGCAGAGGUGAAGGAGCUCUUUUCUGAGACCAGUGAUGUUUUUAAACAACUGGAAGCUGCCAAGGGGAAGGUGGCAUCUGAUAUCGCAGAUCACCUGUCCUCCAUUCAGACUAUCACAAAUGCACUGACUACAUCUGAGAGCCCACUGGUCCUCAAAACAAUCCAGGACUUAUCGGCGCAGUUGCAAGCGGAGGCAGAGCAGGCAGAGGCAUUACUGCAGCAGAUAAGUCUUCUGGCAAGCAUUGCAGGUCUAGAAAACCUGCAGACGCUGGCUGAAGAUGGAGCUCACCUUCGAGAAAGCAUCUGCAUUGCCAGAGAGCUGGCCAUAGAGAAGAGAGAGCAAGCAAUGAACCCCAACAGACCUGAAAAUCAAAUGGUCCAAGACCCUAAGCACAUCAAGCCCUUGAUUGAAAAAACAGAAGAUACUGCGCCAGAAAUACAGUCUGAAUCUAAUGGUAAAACAGAGGAACAGUCAAAAGGAGGCAAGACAAAAGAUGAGUUGAAGGACUUCAAAGAGCAGGCCUGCAGCUGGGCCGGUGAACUGCAUCUGAAGGGAGAUUUGCAGGUUUCUGAGGAUGUGAACAGAUGGGAGAAACUCACAGCAGUGGAGGAUGUGUGUGUUGAUCUUGGUGAGAGUAUGACUGAGGAGCUGAAGUGUGCAAUGUUAAUACAACAGAGCCACGAGAGUCUGGACUCCCUACAGGGUCGGAUAGAGGGCAGCUCUAAUGACUCAAAUGUAUUAAAGGUUGCCGCUGAUAGUGAAGUGGAUGACAUAAAUCGUAUGAAUGUAAAAUUCUUGCCCACAAAGGACGUUAGUGAAACAGAAGAUCUAUCACCUUGCUCAGAACAACAAGCAACCGAAGAUCUUGGGAACCUUCCAUCAGGCCACGACUCAAAUAAGCAGCUGUUCAUGUCUGGAUCUCAAGAGAUGGAUGGAACUGGAUCUGUAUUAAGAGAAGGUGACACCAAAUCCACUCAUGGCUCAUCCUGUGAAUCAUUAAAGCCUGUCUUUACCAUAGUGCUGGACUCUGAUCUUACCAAACCCGACCAGAACCCACUAACACAAGCUGUCCCAGCUUCUUCAACUAAAUGGGAUACUGUUUCAGUUUUUCAUGAUAGGACCGCAGAGACAUCAGCAGAUGGCUUGAAACUCUUGGAAGUCAAACCAAAUGUUGAUUUAGCUGUGGAUGAAGAACAUGAUGCAAUAAGCUCUUCUGAUGAACCUCUACAUUUAUGUGCUGAUCUUUCAAAAUCAGAAGUGCAGUUUAAAGAAAACAGCCACACCGAUAAUAUUGAACCCACUCAUUCUGAUCUAGACCUUGAUUUCAGGCCUAAACCAGAGAAAGACUCAUCUACUCGAGCAUUUGACCCAAUGCUUUCAUACCCAGAGAAGCAUCAAGGAAGCUCUGGAACUGCUAAGAAAGUAUUUACCAUCGUCCUGGAUGUUGAUACUCCUGAAUUAUCAUCAGACAGGUAUCAAUCACUGCAAGAGACACAGUGUACAAGUCCUGAAGACUCAACCACAGAUGAAUUCUCCCAUUCAGAUGUAAAAAAUCAACAUAGGAUCUCCUCUGGUACUGAGAAACCUGAAGGGCAAAUGGCUGAGCUAGAUUUAUCAGAAGAGUCCAGUGUGAAAUCAAGUAGCUCUGAAAUGCAGCCAGGACAGAAGGCAGCUAAGCUUAUCCAAGCCCAAACCUCUGAGGUCAUGGAGAUUGAUGUUCAAAAAGAUGAAAAAGAGAAGCAACAUGAAGUCACUGAUGCAGAAACAUCCAGUCAAAUGGAUGUCCACACUGGAGAAGGCAAUGAGUCAGAGUCUGUAGUUCACCAACAGAAUGUCCCAGUGUUGGAGAGUCAUGAUGAGGAUGACAAAAACACCAUUGAAGAGGCUUCAAAUGAAGCAAAGCCCCUUCAAAAGCCUCCAAAAGUUGCUAAAGGCAGGAACAAGCACAGAAAACCAGCUGGUGUAGAAAAAGCAAACAAUGUCGGUAAUAAAAAGCUGAACGCAUGUAAAUCUCAGCACAAGAACACAACUGACUCGGAAAGCCUUCAAACUUCUGAGGUUAGGUUGCCCGACACCACAGAUACUUCACUGACUGUGUCUUCGGACUUUAGUCAGCCAAACACUGCAAAGCCAUUGAGCACACAAGACAAACUAACAGUGGACACUGUGCAGAAAGAGACCUUGAAUCAAACGGAGACAGAGGAUGGACAUUUUGAAAAUGUUAGCAUCUCACUUGCCGGAGGUGCCCAUAUUAGUACCACAGAUAGUGUGGUUUUAGCAGCAGUGGAGUCUGUGCAGUCAACACAUACAGAGGACUCAGAAUUAACGGCAACAGAUUCUUCAUCUGUUGUGACAGCUGACUGUAUAACUCAAAUUCCUACCGCAGUCCUAUCAGAUUCACAACUCAGCCAUGCUGAAGCUUGGAGGACAGAGGAUUCAGAUGGCAGUUUCCCUUUGCAGUAUGAAGAAAUGCACAGAGUCAAUUCACAUCCAUCUGCCGGGAACAAAACGCCCCAAAACAGAGGAUCAGUACCAGAUGGUGAGGACAAAACGAGGCAUGUGGAGCAGCCUACUGGGACACAUGUGUGGGCCGUUUUACUGAACAUCAUCACUAAUGUUCAGCCACUACUGAUGACCAGUCACGGUUCUGAGGAAUCUAGACCAAGGAAAGAUUCCUUGUUUCAGAAUGCAUCACUCUUAGAGUCUGAGAGCAGUCUGGCAUGGACUGUCCUGUGGGUGUUCAGAUGUCGGUACCGACCAGCCCAACUCAGCAUUGCACAUAUGACUCAUCAGCUGGAAGAAGCUGAGAUCUGCCGGCAGUAUGUCUUGGAGCAGGUGGCUAGACUGCCUCAAAGUGAAUUGUGCAGGAGUGCAGGACGCUCUACAAAGCCUGAGACGAUCAUAGAGGGCAGAUUGAACACAGUACUGAUGGAUACCUCAACUAUGGUGGAGUACAAAAAGACACAGCUUCAGCAGGUCACACAGUACCACCAGCAAAAACAGGCUCUCGCGGAUUCUCUACACAACCUGGAGGCUGAGCUCAGCACACUGACACAGGAUUGCAUUGACAGCAGCACCUUGCAAGUGGAGAAGCUGAAUGCAUUGCUGAAGAACAUGCAGGAGAAGAGAGGCAUACUAGAGGAGCACCUACAGACAUGCUCUCAGAUUUCAGCUCAUCUGGGUGAGACAGAGGGACCUGUGGCCUGCAUUGAACCUUUUAGGACUUUACAGGAGAGAUGGCAAACUAUGGAGCAGGUUGCUUCCAGCAGUCUGUGGUGUGCUAAUAUCUGCACAGCAGAAGUAGCUGCACUCCUGCAAGAAGCCAGAGAGCUGCAAUACGAACUGGAGCUUCUGGAGAAGUCAGUUUCUCUUCCGCAUCCCUCUCAAGGACAGAUGGACUGUCAAAGUGCGCUACAAGAGACUGUGAGAACUGCAGACCUGGCGGUGUUAACUGAGCGCCACUUGUACCUUCUUGAGGUCUCUCAGGCACUUUCCUCAAGUCCGCUGGGAAAAAAAGAGCUCAGAGAUGUGGAGGACGCAAUGCAGGGCUUGAAUUCUCAGCUUGCUCUGACUCAGGAGAAGAUCAGCUCUCAGACUUCAAAUGGCAAUGGAUGCUCACCGAUCAUGAAAAUUAUCAGGGACUACGUUACAUGGGCUAAGCAAACAGAAAGCAAAGUCAGUAGGAGAAGGAGGUUGUCUCUGUUUCCUGAAGAAGCAAGUCACCAGGUCAAUCACAUGAAGAAACUGCAGUCUGAAACAUCUCUUAAGAGGUUUCAGUUGGCCUCUGUUUUGAAAGAGCUAAGAGAGGAAGUUACAGGACUCAAUGAGGAGGAUUCCAUAUCACCCACCCUCGAUUUCCUAGAGGAUUUGUAUGUUAAGUUUACAGAGAAGACCGAAUGUGCUGUUGCAGAAAUGAACAGAAUGUUUCAUAUUAGAGAAAGACUGUGGAAACAGAUCACUGACAGCAGCUCUUGGUUGACCUCAGUAUUAGAAAAAGAGUCUGGUAAAACAGUGGCUUCUGAACCUAAAACUACUAUUCCAGAAUUGAGGGUUCAGCUUCAGCUAUGCACAGAGGCUUUGAAGGAUGCUGAGAGACAAGCAAAUAAUCUGGAGACUCUGUUAGAUGAAAUGAAAAAAGUGAAUUACGGUCUGAGUGUACCCGAAAGCUUUCAGCUUAUCAAUAGGCUAACAGCCUUACAAGAAGAGGUAUCUAGGGUUGUGAACCGUAAGUGGGCCUUGCACUGGGUGCUUGAAGAACUCCUUCAUGCUCAUGAAUCUUCUGCUGAGGAACAGAACAUCAUUCUGAAGAGCUUGAGACAGAUGAGUGCUGAUGUCACGAGGCAGAAGUAUCCCGUAACAAGGGACUCGCUCUUAGCUCUUGAACCUGUUAAGCACAUGCUGAUGGAGCUCCUCUGCAAAGUGUGGGAAAUUCCCCACUGCCCAGAUCCUCGGAGGAAAGAGAUGCUCAACGCUGUACUAGACCUACAGAGGAGAAUACAUCUGCUGGAGUUGCAAGUCAAAGAGCAUGAGGAGUACCUCUUUUUAAGGCAGCACAUGGAGAACUCCAGAGAGGCGGUGAAGAAGAGCUUGUCGCAGAUUGUAGACUGCUGUGUAGGAGCUGAUGUAAGGCUUGGCUUUUGUCAGACUGUCCUGGUGGAGCUGCCUUUGGUGAGAUUGACAUGUCAAGAAGCUGCUGACCACCUUGAGGCCAUUUCGAAAGAUCUCUAUCCAUCCCAGCUGACAACAGAAAGGCACAAAAUCCGUUUGGUCAUUGAACAGCUAGCCUCUUGGGAGCUCACAGUAAAAAAUGAGGCUAAAACCCUUGAGUGCUCUCUGGCAGAGCGACUCGGCAGUCCUACAGACCUCAGUCCACUCACUGAGCUCUUCAGCCGUGUCAGGCAGCAGCUGAAGGAGACCAUCUGCUUGGAGCCAGAUAAUAAGACCAUUGAUACACAGCUACGAAAGCACUGGAUGCUAAUCCAGAGCGUUGAGUCUGUUCUACGAAUGUUGGAGCACUACAGGAAAGAAGUAGAUGUUGAAAGCUACCAGAUGACCAUUGAUCUCGGCCAGAGAACUCUUAAUGAUUGUGGUAUACAUAUGGACAAGCUGCUCCAAGCUCGGGAGGCACUGAAGCAUUACCACUGGGCUGUUCAGGGUGCAGAGAGCUUCUUUCAGCAGAUUGGAUCCAAUCUCAUGAUCCCCUCUGAUGGCUUCAAAGGCUACAAAGAGGAGCAUCGCUGUGUUCAACAGAUUUCCAGCACUCUGGUUGAGGGUUUCCAGGCCCGCUUGUCUGAAGUUGGUGCUUCUGUUCCCCAGCAGACAUGCCUCUCCAUCCCUCUAACCGAGCAGCUUCAUAUCGAAGUUUUGAGUCACCUUCUAGUACAAGAUGCCAAAUUAGAAGCUCAGGCUCAGCUCAGACUUGAGGCCUUACAGAGGUCCAUGAAAGAUCAAAUUGUGCACAUGAGUCACCAUGAAGAACUGAGUCAACUUCUCAAAAAUGUUGAUUCUCAAAUCUCAACAUUUUUAAGUCAAAAACCAGCUGAUUCUGAAGCCUGCCAAGAUCAACUGCUGAAAGUAAAGGUGCUCCAGACAGAGCUGAAGAACCUCUUUAAAAAGCUGGAGGAACUUAGGGAAAGCUGCCCAGGUCUUCGCUGCAAAGCACCCGUGGAUCUGAUGCUGGGACAACUGUGGAGGUCUUGGGCAGUGCUGCAGUGCAGAGUGGAAUCUCUCAAAGCCAGCAUGUCUCAUAAAGAAGCAGAGUGGAGAGGCUUUGUGAUACGCCUGAAUAAAUCAAAGGAAGGUCUUGACAGACUGCAGAAUGAUCUCCCAGACUUGUGUAUGGGAUCCCUAGUGGAUCUUCAGGGUGUUCUGAGCCUCACUGAGCGCCUUCAAGACGGGAUUGAGCAGGAGCAUCACACUUUAGUAUCUCUACAACACCAUGUGGCACGAUUGCUUGGGGUCUCAAAUUUGCAGCAGCUGAAAGUGUGUCCUCAAAUCUGUCAGGACUUGCAGUCUCUACAGGGUCACUGCAGAAGUCUCAGAGAUCAGAGCAAUAACAUCCGCCGGGAAGUGCUUUUUGAGAUACAGGAGUUGGGUCGUGUGCAGGAGGAGCUGAACGCCAUUCAGCAGAAUGUUCUCUCUCUGUUGACGGCUUUACAGUCUGAGUCAGCUGCUCAACACUUACAGGAAGUCAAAGUGGAAUUGGUUUCACAGAAGGCUCGACUGCAGGAUGUCAUGGACAGAGUGCAGAAGAAAUGGAGCUGUGUACCUGCAGAGAUUCAGAUCUUACACAAUGAGCUCAACGUCUCCAUGCAGGAGGCCAAAGACAAAUUGGUCAUGGUCAUGGAGAGAAGUGGUCCUCUCUGCAAAAUGGGUGAGCUGGUUGGAGAGGUGACAGUGGGCUUGAAUUGUGUGCAGGCCCUGCUGAAGCAAACAAGUCCUAAUUUUUCUGAGGCUGAACGUACACAAAAGCACAUAUGGGAUGAGCUGGACCAGUGGCACACUCGGAUAGCUGAGCUGGAGGCUGAGGUGCAGGAUCUGGCUGAGCAGAAGCCUGAGAGAGUACACAUUCUCAUGGACCAGCUCACGGAGCCUCUGCAGCACUACCAGACCACAGCCAAACAGGCCGAGCAAAGGACCGCCCUCAUUAGCAAAAUCCCUGCCUGUCUGCAGGACUAUGAGGGUUUACUCAAUAGCUCCAACUGCUGGUUGAGAGAGGCUCAGUCCUGGCUGGUCGCACACAGAACCUACACCACUGCGAAAUGCAUCCACUGUCAUGCCAACUCCCUCGAGAUGAUGCUGGAUGAAUCGGAGGGAUACAGGGCAGCUCUGGAGGCCUUCCUGCCUGCUCUGCAGGAGAUCACUCCAGUAUGUGACACCACCCCUCAACAACAUCUUCUCCAACUGUGUGUACAAAACAUCACACUCAUGCAGCAAAGCGUUCUGGACCCUCUCUCCCACCUUCAGCACCUAGCAGCUGAGAUGGAUGCCAUUGAAGCAGAGGUAAAGACCAUGGAGAAAAAUAUAACUAAGAUCAGAACAAUCCUUUCAGCCACUGACACAGAGAACAUUUUUCCCGAGGAACAUCUCGAGAACAUACAGGUCAUUCUGGAUAAUGUCCAGUCCAUGAAAAGGACCAUUGAUGAGAUUGAGAGCUGCAGGCCAGGCCUAGGGCUUCCUGCUGGGGCAGAGCAAACUCUCACAGCUUUCCAUCGGGCUCAAGAGCUGCUGCAGCCCAUCCAGGAGCUACAGCAGCUCAGUGUGGCGCGGAGCACAGCGUUGAGGGCCUCUAUUGGACAGCCAGCUGAAAUGAUGCUCCCUUCAGACCAAACCACAGAAUUCACGAUGCCACAUCUUUACACUGGAGAUGUGAGGCAGGUCUCCAUGGAAGGCCCUUACACGGAGGAGGAAGAUGAAGACAAUCAGUCUUCAUCCUCAGGAACUCUCACAAGCAGUGUUCCAGAGGACCCAAAUGAGACAAUAGAGGAGGAAGAUACUAAGUCGGGCACUGCCUCUGCUGUAAGAGAUUGUGUCACUAAGGAACCAUCUCCUGAAGUUGAUUUUCCUGCAAUCAAGUAUGUAAUUCAGGACGCUGACACAGGAAGUUGUUUACUGGAACCUUCUGACUUCUCUGAAAUGCCUGGCAUAGUCAGCAGACCAGUUACUGAAGAAACAAGUUCCCCACCUGCACUAACAUCCCAACAUUUGAAAGAAUUAACAAGUGAUAGUUGUCUGAAGCCUGACAGUGCAAAUAUAGCUGAGGAAAAGCAAAAUGAGUGCACUGAAGCAGUUCCAGCAAAGCCAGGAAUAUGCUCAGAAACCACCAUGUUAAAAGCAAGUGAUGCCAAUGAAUCUGUAGAUCAGAAUGAAGUAUCUAUAAACACAGAAACGGGUACAAGUGAUCAAGUGAAAACAACAAGCCCAAAGCCACGUGACACAGAGGCAAUAAAUGUUACUGAUGGUGAUCAGACCCGGACAGAGACUAAACCCAUCGACGCCAUAGCUCCUCUUAUGCUCUCCUCCCAGCAUACAGGAUGUGUGCCACAAGAAGAUACAACAUUGGAAAUACAGAGAGAUGUUAUUGAGGCCAUGGUUCACCAGAGGAGCAGCAGCCAGUCUCAGGAUCACACAAUUCCGCACACAGCAACUAUCAGUGAUCUGUCACAGUCUGAAGGAGGAGGUGAAGAUCAACUGAGUUUAGUCCAGCUUCUCACCUCAUGUCAGGAUGUCAGUUCUUUAGAGGAACCAUCUCCUGAAGUUGAUUUUCCUGCAAUCAAGUAUGUAAUUCAGGACGCUGACACAGGAAGUUGUUUACUGGAACCUUCUGACUUCUCUGAAAUGCCUGGCAUAGAAAUACAGAGAGAUGUUAUUGAGGCCAUGGUUCACCAGAGGAGCAGCAGCCAGUCUCAGGAUCACACAAUUCCGCACACAGCAACUAUCAGUGAUCUGUCACAGUCUGAAGGAGGAGGUGAAGAUCAACUGAGUUUAGUCCAGCUUCUCACCUCAUGUCAGGAUAAUGACCUCAAACUCAUCGACGCCAUAGCUCCUCUUAUGCUCUCCUCCCAGCAUACAGGAUGUGUGCCACAAGAAGAUACAACAUUGGAAAUACAGAGAGAUGUUAUUGAGGCCAUGGUUCACCAGAGGAGCAGCCAGUCUCAGGAUCACGCAAUUCCGCACACAGCAACUAUCAGUGAUCUGUCACAGUCUGAAGGAGGAGGUGAAGAUCAACUGAGUUUAGUCCAGCUUCUCACCUCAUGUCAGGAUGUCAGUUCUUUAGAGUCGAGACAGCAUCUGUUAGAGAUUCCGGUGUCUGCGUUGAAUGCCUGUGAAUCACGGAUGGAAGACUCAACUAAACUCCUCAAGGACAUUUCAAGCAUCAAGAGUCUGCAAGGCGGCACAUGGACUUUGGCACUUGAGCGGCGGAGAUCGGCGGGACAGAAUAAUCUUGAGCUCCAGAGAUGUUCUGGAGCUCUUCUGAAGGGUCUGCGGGGUCUCCUGGAGCUGGGCUCUGAGCGGCUGCUGCGCAGUCAGAAUGCACAGCCACAAAACUGCAGUCAGCUCCACAGUCUGCUCACAGAACACAAGAAAUACUUCCAAGAUUUGUGUCAGGACCUUGUAAUGGUCAAGCUGCUAUACCAUAAGCUGCCAGAGGGGGCACUGCAGGGCCAUGCAGAGGUUGAGCAGUUAAUAUCAGAUCUACAGGAUCAAGCACAAACUCAUGGUGUCCACAUGCAGCACAGCUUAGAGGAGUGGUCUCGGUACGAGGAGCUCACUGAGAGACUGCGUAAGCAGUUGGAUGAGAUGGAGACAAACAUGUCCAGUCUGGAUUCAGAGCCAGAGGGAGACCUGCAGUCCUAUGAGAGAUUGCACAAGAUCCUGGGAGACACAAGGCCUCAUGUGUGGGAGGUCCAAGACCGACCCAGGAUUCUACAGAAAAAGGGUUGUUACCCUGAGCAGCCUGACCAGACUGUCCCAAAAUCACAGCUGUUGUUACGCUGGAUGGAGCUUCAUAAUCAAAUACAGCAGAAGAUACAAUCUACACAGAAGAUCAGAAAGAAUUAUGACAGGUUCCAGCAUGACUCAACAGAACUAGAAGAAUGGAUGUGUCAUGCUCAAGAACAGGUUCAGAAGUGGAACAGUUUCUCUGAUUCUGGUCUCUUGGACUCCAGGAUAGUCUUUACCCAGCUCAUGGAGUUCUUCAAGGAGCUGCAGGGCCGUUCAGCACAGAAAGCUUCUGCAGAACUUUCAGGUGCACAGAUACUGCAGCUGACUGACAGUGAAGCUCCAGGUCUGCGCAGACGACUGGCUCAACUUGAGCAGGAAUGGUCGAACUUGACUAACGUCCUGCCCACUAUCCACCAGACACAGCAACAACUGUUGACAAACCAGUCUCACAGUCAGAUCUUGGCCAGUUUGACCUCCUGGCUCGAAAAUGUAGAGGGACGACUGGAAGAUGAAAGCUCGGAGGUCCAUUGUGCCCCCGGUUCCUCUGAACUGUCUAGACAUCUACAGGCUUUGAAGGAUCUUAAGGCUGAAAUAACCAGUCAUCAGCCGUACGUUGACUUUCUGAACCAUCAGUCUGUGGAGGGGGCGGGAUCAGUGAAUGAACCCACCAAUCGCAAUGAGCGCAUCCUGUUUGCAGAGCAACUGGGAGCUCUCAAUCGGAGUUGGCUUAUUCUACAUGCCAAAAUUGACAGCAAGAUACAUGAUGUUGAGGACCAAUGGCAGGCCUGCAAGAACAGAGAAAAGCGUUUGCGCUGUAUGCACAGCUGGAUCUCUCAAUGUAUUGAAUGGGUGAAAAACAGCUGGCGACCAGAGAGCUGCUCGCAUAUUGAGCAAACAUUACAGAAGUGUGAGGAGACAGAGGACAGGCUGCAGGUGAAGUCCUCUGAGCUGAAGGCUUUGGGAGCUCUUCACCUGUUUGGGCAGCAGGAUGGUGAACAUCCCGGAGAUCAAGCGUUCUCCAAGCAGGUGAAUUCAGCCAUCCAGGACUGCCAAGCUUUGAGUCAACAGAUAAAUGCUCUCAAGUCAGAUUUACAGCCAAUCAAAGAUGAAUGGGCUCACUUUGAAUCUAAAAUGAGUGCAGCAGAACUGCGAACAACCAGGGUGGUCUACAAGCUGGAGCUCUGCAGAGUUCCUGUGUUCUCAUCUGAGCAGAGCCGAACUCAUGUGGAGCACCUGCAAGAGCUUGAAAGGGAGCUGAACCAAUCAGAGACCUGGACCCAGUUAACUAAGGUGUUCUCUAACUUGAAAGACAAACUCAACCCUUAUGCGUCUAAACUUUUGUCUGAUCGUCUCGAGAAGGAGACAACUCGACAUCAAGCAGUGACUGAAGAUGUGCAUGCAGAUUUACUAAAAGCCCAGAAUGCAUUGCGGCUUUGGCUGGAACACGAGCACCUCACAGGAGAGUGCUGUGUUCAUCUAAAUCAGCACUGGGAGAGGCUUGGAGAGCUUAUGAGUUCUUCAGACAGAGAAGAAAACACUGUAGAGCUGCUCAACAGCAGGAUGCAGGGCAUCAGUGCUCUGGAGAAAGACAUGCCUGCCUUGCAAAGCAGUGUGGGAAAAGUCCUGGAGGCAUCAAAGCUUCUCACUGGACAUGUGAAACCCCAGUCAGCCCCUCUAAUCAAAUCAGAAACCAGGCUGCUGUCACGUGACCAUGUGUAUCUUGGCAAGGCACUUUCUGACAUUGGGGCACAAGUUCAGGAGGAGCUGGAGGAGCACUGCCGUUUCAGCACUGAGUUGAAGUCAAUGGAGCAAAAGCGUAAAAACUUUGAGAGUGUUAUGAGCUCCUCCGCUGCAAGCAUGGAAAGACUAAAGAUGGUUCUGUUAGAUCUGAGUGGGCUGAACCCUAACCUUGCUGCUCUGAAUCAGACGAGUUUCGGACUCUCCUUAAGCUCUGCAGAGGAGGAGAGGUUACAGACCCUCAACACACAGUGGGUUCAGGUCUUCUCUCAGGCCACAGACCGACACAGGAAGAUGAAUGGAGAGCUGCUGCAUGCUCAGAACUUCCAGCAGAAGUGCCAGUGCUGGAUGGAGCUCCUAGACAAAAUCGAGGCUGGGUCAUCCAAUCAGAUGUCUGGAAACUGUGCUGCUGUAAGGGAGCAGCUAGCUGCACAUCAGAGGCUGAAAGUGGAGGUCCUCAUCAGCCAGCAGCUACAGGAUGCCAUGGUCAGUGAGGCUUCACGCUUCUUGGAGAGCUGUCAGAAUGAGGACAGGAGUCAUCUGAUCCUGAGACUCACCCAGCUAAAGGCACGAUGGCAGGGGACACAGCAGAGGGUCCAGCAGCAUGGCAAAAGUCUGGAAGGGCUGAUAGGACGGUGGCAACUCUAUGAGACCAGCUCGAGGAAACUUUCAAAGCUACUCAGACACAUCGAAGAACUUCUGCCACCAGCAGGACUGGCGUCAUGCAGCUUACAGCAACUCCAAUGCUCUAUAAAAGACUUUGAGUGGACAGCGGAGCAACUACAGCUUCAUGAAGAACUGUACAGGCAGACUGUGGCGGCAGGCGGACAGAUCCUUCCGCUAUCAGAUGUGCAGACGCAGACACGCCUGCAGACUGAACUGGAUGCUCUCAAGGAGAUGUGGGAGCGAAGCUGUGGCCUUGUGGGGAAAAGAAAGGCUCUUGCAGACACCAUAACUCAUGUGUCACUUCGCAAGCAGGAAAUAGCUGAUCGCCUGAAUGCCUGGAUCAUCUUCAAUGAUAAAGACAAGGAACUCUGUGAUUGGCUGACGCAGAUGGAGAAAAAAGUGGCACACAGGGGCGAAAACCUUAGUAUUGAGGAAAUGGUGGAGAAACUUAAAAAGGACUGCAUGGAGGAGAUUAACCUCUUCAGCAAGAACAAGAGCCACCUCAAGCAGCUGGGCGAGCAGCUCCUAUUGGCCAGCGACAAGGCUAAGGAGGCAGAGAUCCACGGGGCCUUGCAAGAUGUCAACGACCGCUGGCAGCACCUGUUCGACCACAUUGAGGCCAGGGUGAAAAAGCUGACAGAAACGCUGGUGACAGUGCAGCAGUUGGAUAAGAACAUGAAUAACCUUCGCUCUUGGCUCACUCGCAUUGAAGCUGAGCUGGCCAAACCCAUUCACUACAGUAUCUGCCAUAGAGAUGAGAUCCAAAAGAGACUUGCUGAGCAACAGGACCUGCAGCGUGACAUCGAGCAGCACACCGAGAGAGUGGCGUCUGUGCUCACCCUGUGUGACGUGCUUCUGCGCGAUGAGGAUGCCUGCAGCAGCAGCGAUGGAGAGAAUGACUCCAUCCAGCAGACCAUGCAGCGCUUGGACAAGCGCUGGAGAAAUAUCUGCUCCAUGUCUCUGGAGAGGAGGCUGAGGAUUGAGGAGACAUGGAGACUGUGGUGUAAGUUUCAGGAAGAUUACUCUUCCUUUGAGAACUGGCUGAACGUAGCAGAGCGCUCCGCUGCUGAACCCAAUUCAUCAGACAGGACGUACACUGACGCCAAAGAGGAACUCCAGAAAUAUGAGGUUUUCCAAAGGCAGGUACAUGAGAGCCUGACCCAGCUGGAGAUUAUUAAUAACCAGUACAGACGACUGGCGCGGGAGAACCGCGCCGAUGCAGCCAGCAGACUCAGGGCCAUGGUGCAUCAUGGGAACCAGCGAUGGGACACGCUCCAGAGGAGAGUGGCUGCAAUCCUGCGCAGACUCAGACAUUUCACAAGCCAGAGAGAAGAGUUUGAGGGAACCCGUGAGAGCCUCCUUGUCUGGCUGACUGAGAUAGACCUCCAGCUGACCAAUGUGGAGAACUUCUCAGAGAGCCAUCUCCAAGACAAGAUGAAACAGCUGAAGAGUUUUAAGAAGGAGAUCACUCUGAACACCAAUAAGAUUGAUGCUCUGAUCGUGUUUGGGGAGGGUCUGAUUCAGAGGAGCUGUCCUCAAGACGCUGUUGAGAUAGAAGAUGAGUUAGAGGAACUGCACACGUACUGUCAAGAGGUGUUUGGCAGAGUGGCCCGAUUCCACCAGCGCCUCACCAGUCUCCGCCCGCUGCAGGAGGUCGUCUUUGAUGGUGAACAGUCCAGAGGGACACAGGGCACCCUCCCCUCCAGCCAGCCCUCCAUGUGCCUGUUAUCGCCACCUCAGGAGCGCCCGGGCCGUGAAACCCCCGUGAGUGUGGAUUCCAUCCCUCUGGAGUGGGACCACACCGGGGAUGUUGGCGGCUCUUCUUCACACGAUGAGGAAGAGGAUGCUGCCUUCUUCUCUGCCCUGUCAACACAGAAUUGGCACUUUCAAAACACACCUGAAAGGAAAUCCUUCCAGCUGGACUCCUCCUCACCCACACAUACCAGCACUCCUUUUAAACAAGGCUACGUCCAGCUGAUGUCUGAGUGUAGCGGCAGCAUUAAGAGUGUGAAGCGGGUUUCUAUGAUCCUGGAUGAUGAGGAAAAGCAGGAGGAACAAGGCCUCACUGGCCUCAACACUGCAGACAAACAGUCAGGAGUGAUUGAGCGCUGGGAGCUGCUGCAGGCUCAAGCAGUAAGUAAAGAGCAGUGCAGCUCCAGAGACCCCCAGCAGCUGACCUCUGGCCUGCACAACAUCACUUCCUGGCUGGAUCGUGUCACCCCUGAACUGGAUAGACUGCAGAAGCCUGAGACUGCUGUCAGUGUCGAGAUCUUAGAAGAGAGGGGCAAACAACUUAAAGAAAUGCAGAAGACAUUUGCUCGCUACAAGACUAUGAUGCUGUCUCUGAACCUGGGUGGGCGAGAGCUGCAGCAGGGAGCUACAGAAGGAGCACCUGAGCUUCAGGAGGGUCUGCGCAGCAUGAAUGGCCGCUGGACAGAAGCUUGUGCGGGACUAGAGAGGUGGGAGGACAGUCUGCGCACUACCCUAGGAUGCUGUCAGGAGUUCCACGAGAUGGUCCACUCUCAACUGCUAUGGCUGGCCCAUGCAGAGAGCAGACGCUGCAUAGUGAACAUGAACGACCCUUCUGUGCAGCCCUCCAUGCUUCAGGAACAAAGGAACACCCUGAAGGAUCUGGCAGAGGAACUGCAGGGCAGACAGAAGCGAGUGAGCUCCCUGCAGGAGAUCGUCUCCGAGCUGCUCCCUGAGGCUGGUGGGGAGGACAGCACUGAAGCCCGGGAAAAACUCCACGUCAUUGGAAGCAAACUAAGACUACUGUCACGUCAAGUCAACCAGGAUCUCCAGACGAUUGACGAGAGAUUGGAGUCCACAGGAGACAGGAAGUCCGCACAAUGCUCUCGGUCAAAGCGUGACCCAUCACCUCCGCGUUCGUUCUUCUAUCGGGUCCUGCGAGCGGCUUUCCCUCUGCAUCUCCUGUUCCUCCUGCUGUUGGUUCUGGCCUGCUUGGUCCCUCUUUCUGAAGACGACUACAGCUGCACCUUUUCCAACAAUUUUGCCCGUUCUUUCCACCCCAUGUUACGCUACACCAACGGUCCCCCUCCCACAUGAGUCUCUCAUCAACUGUUCUCACGUUCAAUCAACAGAGCUGUUUUCAUGUCUCAAACAUCCGAAGCACCUCUCUUUUGUCCAAGCAAUAUUUUAACGGUUGUAUUUAUAUAAUUGAUUUUAUACUAUUUAUUCCCCUUUGAGAGCCAUACUAAGAAUUUUGUUGAUGUGAUCUAAUUAUUUCUUUUUUUUGGUCACAAUGCUGUAAAGAAAAAUAUCAUUGUAUGAGCUUGAAUGAAAAUCACCGACAAUUUUUUGAAAUAUUUCUAGAUUUAAGCACAUCAGGCACUGAUUAAAGAUUGUACGUUUGAAACUGGAAAAGAUUGACUCUUCAGCCACAAUUUGUGGUGACAUGAUGGAUGGCUGCUAUUUAUUUAGAGAUUGUGGUCUCGUUUUUAAAUUUGAUAUGGUCUGAAUUAACUGUUCACAUUUGCAAAGCCCAAAACAGAAAUCUAUUUAAAAAUGUCAAAUGCACAUGGAAACAUUUUAAUACACCCCUUUGUAAAUAACAAUCUUUUGCAUAUGAACUGCAAGGUAGAACACAAAGACGUGUGCAGAAAGUACAUUUCGAAAACAUUUCACAAAUUAAAAUUUGUUCUGUGUUUAAAAAUAAACAGUCUACAACAAAUCUGUAUUCCAUCUGGUCUUUAAUGCUUAGUUGCCAAAAAAUUGUAAAAUCAAUAUUAGCGCUUCAUAUAGAAACAGUCACAAUUCAGAUGGCUGCCGGUAGAUACAAUAACAUUUAUAAAUACUUUGUGCAUUUAUUAAAAUUAAGUACUUGUAACAUCUAAUUUUUUGCUUCUAAUCUUUAAGGUACGUUUGGUUUUAUAUCAAUUAAUCCAUGGAUACUAUUUUUUUUAUAACCGUCAUCUUAAACCAAAAUGUAUAGGGUAUAAUCACUAUUGGCACUGCAAUAUUUUCAUUUUUCUUGAUUCUCAAAACACUGCUUCAGAUAUGUCCGAGAACUAUUAAAGUGCAAUAUCACAAGUACUUUUUUUUGGUAGUUGUGGUGCAUCUUACAACCAGAAAGGUUUUCACAGUGGAAUAGUAGCAAUAGAUUGAGCUGUCUCUAGAAAAUGUAUGAAGGUUUUAUACAAGGCCUUUAUGGUGUUAAAGGGGUUUACUGGGUGGAGAGCAGGACGAAGGAAGGCAGUUUUUUUUUUAAAAACAUUUUGCUCCAUGAUCUGUUUUGUCAAAAGUAAUGGAUGCACACAAAACAUCCAACUGUCCUGAAUUACUGCAGUGUGGCAAUCACAAGUCCUUGUUCUGACUGAAAAAAAAGGCUUAAUUCAGUUCUUCUGAGGCUUUGGUCCAGAAUUUAGUCUUUGCUCCCAUCGCA